AUGCUAGACACUGAUGGCCUGAAUGCACCACCGAAGGUGAUAGAAGAUGCCGAGUUCAUGGCAGCGGCGGCAGCGCAGAAAAGCAGCAAGCAUGCCGAGUGGCGGUUCGACGAGUCAGAUGCUGAAUCUUCGUCAGAUUCGGACACAUCUUCGGACUCUUCAGAUGACUCGGAUAGUGGCAGCGAUGAUGGCUACGAGAUGCUCGAUCCCGCAACCGCAGCCAAGAUACUCAUGAGCGGAGAUGGAGACGAAGACGGUGAUAAUAAGGGCGGAGGCAAAAGCGGCGGAGAUCAUCAGCCGCGGACGGCGAACGAGGUGAAGGAAGAGAUCGUGCCCAAGCCAGACCUGACCAUCACUCCGGAGACAAAGUUGACAUUCCUCGGAGUAGUCGACAAGACAGUCGAGAAUAUGGCGCUUAUCAAAGGCGCCACACCUGGCGAAUAUCAGGUUCUCGAAAGCGGCUCAGUUCUCUGCAACGAACAGCGCCAAGUCAUUGGUGCCGUUGCAGACACAUUUGGCAGAGUCCAAGAACCCCUGUACAGCGUCGCUUUCACGAACCAGAAAGAGAUUGAGGAAUUGGGCCUGGAAUACGGCGCCAAGGUCUUCUACGUCGACAGUCACAGCACUUUUGUCUUCACGCAGCCUCUCAAGAACCUCAAGGGCACAGAUGCCUCCAAUAUACACGACGAGGAAGUCAACGAGGAUGAGAUGGAAUUCUCAGAUGACGAAAAGGAAGCUGAAUACAAGCGGCAGAAGAAACUGGCCAAGAGAGGUGGCAAAGCUGCAUUUUCGAGGAGUGACUUCAACCAAGCGACUGGUGGCUUCUAUGAGCCCUUGAAGCGGCCUGACAACCUCGACCAACUUAUGGAUGCUCCUCCACCGCGUCCGCAGCAGGGCUUUGAUCGUGGCCGAGGUAGAGGACGCGGCGAUCGUGGACGCGGCGAUAGAGGGCGCGGUCGCAGCGAUCGCGGUAGAGGAAGAGGUGGCUUCAAUCAGCGAGGAGGUAGAGGAGGACAGCAUCAGCCUCAACAGGCCUUCUCGCAACAUGCUCAACCUCGUCAGCCCUCCUACACGCAGCCCGACACAGCUCCCGCCUCCACAGCGCCCUACCAACAAUACGGCCACCUCCAAGGUCCGGGCCCAUCCACUUACGUGUUCAACGGCCAGACCUAUCAGUACAACGGACAGCAGUACCCUGCACCGGCAAGUCAACCUCAAUACUAUGUUCAACAGCCCAGUACAUCCGCCCAGCUACCUUCCGGGACGUUUGUUAAUCCUGCAUUCUAUCAACAGCAAGUGCAGACUUCGCAGCAGCAGCCUUAUGGUGGAUGGCAAGGCCAUUACAACCAAGCUUACGCAGGCGCGCCUGCUCCACAUCAAGCGCAAGCUUCCGGACAGCAAGGUCCCGACAUCAGUGCAAUUUUGCAGAACUGGACACAACAGAAUGGCAAGCAAUAA